AUGAAGAGUCUCGUGUUCCUGCUCUUGGUGGCUUUGGCCAAUGCUACAGUAUACGAUCGCUGUGAAUGGGCCCGAAUUCUCCAGGCUUAUGGGAUGGAUGGCUACUAUGGCUACAGCUUGGCCAACUGGGUUUGUCUGACCCAAUGGGAGUCGGAUUUUAACACUGAUGCCAUCGACUAUGACAGUGAUGGAUCCGCUGACUACGGCAUCUUCCAGAUCAACAGCCGCUGGUGGUGUUACGAUGGCCGCACUCCCUCAUCGAAUGCAUGCCACAUCAGUUGCAGCGAGCUUCUGACUGAUGAUGUUGGUGUGGCGAUCAAUUGUGCCAAACGUAUCGUGCAGGAUCCCAAUGGCAUCGCAGCCUGGGUGGCCUGGCGCGUUCACUGCCAGGGCCGUGACCUGAGUGGCUAUGUGGCAGGAUGUGGUGUUUAAUCAACGAACCAGGACACUGUCAUCGAUGUAAUGAAAGACGCCAAUCUGAAGCAGCAGUAGAUUAAAGCUUCUCUACUGUUUGUAUGUUUGAUCUGACAGAAGUAAAACAGAGAGUUACUGGAGCUA